AUGCCGAGGCAACGCCAGGGACUGGGGACCCCGGAGCCCCAGCACCGGACUCAGACUGCUGCCGCGCCGCCACCCGGGCCCCUCCGGGUGCCGCCAAGCAUUCAUGGAGGGAGAACGGGCAGGGCUCCCCGAGCCCCCGGCGACCUUCGAUGGCCACCCGCGCCAAAACCCUUGGAUCCACCCUCCCCCUCCCCCGAGCCCUCACCUCAGGCCGCCGCUCAGCUCGCCGCACAGUUGGCGGAUCCGGCCUGCCUGGCUCCGGGGGCUAACUCUAACCCUAGGUCGUCUGCCGAGCAGCCCCUCCCCUGGGGACUGCAGUCGCAACCAGGGGGAUUGGGGACCCCCGAACCCCAGCGCCGGACUCAGCCUGCCGCCAGGAAACAACCCGGGCCCCUCGGGGCGCCUCCGGAAUUCAGGGCAGUAGAAAGGGCAGGGGCCCCCGAACCCCCGGUGAAUUUCGACGGCCCCCAGUGCCAAAACUGUUGGGCCCACGCUCCCCCUCCUACGCGCCCUCAUCUCGGGCAGCCGCUUCGCUCGCCGCACAGCCGGCAUAUCGGGCCUGCCAGGCUCCUGGGGACUAACCCUAACCCUAGGUCGUCCACCAAGGGGACACGCCCCGGGGGCCUGCCGCCGCAGCGCGGGGGAUCGGGGACCCCCGAGCCCCAGCGCCAGACUCAGCCUGCCACCGCGCCACAACCCGGGCCCCUCGGGGCGCCGCCGAGCAUUCAGCGUCGGCGAACAGGCAGGGACCCCGAGCCCCUGGCGACCUUCGACCACCCCUCGCGCCAAAAACCUUGGGCCCAGGUUCCCCCUCCUCCCCGCUGUCUCAUCAGCCCUACCCUCCGCUCGCCGCACACACAGCGGAUCGGGCCUGCCCAGCUCCUUAGGCUAACACUAACCCUAGGUCGCCCCGAGGGGCCACUCCCAAGGGACCUGCCGCCGCACCGACGGGGAUUGGGGAAACCCGAGCCCCAGCAACGGGAUCUCCCUGCCUCGGCACCACCACACGAGCCCCUCGCGGUGUCAACAAGCAUUCAGGGCGGGAGAACUGGCAGGGCCCCCCGAGCCCCCGGCGACCUUCCAUGGCCCCCAUGCCAAAACCGUCGUCCAACGAGGGGCCUCUCCCCUGGGUCCUGCCACCGCAAGGUCGGGGAUCAGGGACCCCCGAGCCCCAGCGCCGGACUCAUCCUGCCACCACGCCACCACCCGGACCCCUCAAGGCGCCACCGAGCAUUCAGGGCGGGAGAACAGGCAGGGACUCCCGAGGCCCAGGCGACUUUCCAGGGACUCCCGCGCAAAAACCCUUGGGCCCACGCUCCCUCUCCCCUGCUUCCUCACCUCCCUCCGACGCUCCGCUCGCCACACAGCCUGCCGGCCUCCUGUGGGCUUACCCUAACCCUAGGUCGGGCCGGAGUGGCCCCUCCCAAGGGGCUUGGCGCCGCAACGCCAAGGACUGGGGACACCCAAGCCCCAGCGCCUGACACCUUGCUGCCCUGUCGCCACCCUGGCCUCUCGCAGUGCCGCCAAGCAUUCAGGGCGGGAGAACGGGCAAGGACCCCUAGGCCUGGCAACCUUCGAGGGCCCUCCACGCCAAAACCCUUGGGUCCACGAUCCACCUCCCCCACACCCUCACCUCAACCUGCCGACCCGCUCGCUACACAGCUGGCAUAUCGUGCCUGCCUGGCUCCUGGGGGCUAA